AUGAUAAUCCUGUUUUUAUCGCUAUUAGUAAAAACUGCCUUGGGUUCUGGGAUAUUUGAACGAAAUUUCCCUAAUAGGUUCGCUUGUGUAAACGAUAUAUAUAAAAUAGCCUCAAAGAAUUACACCAUAAAACCACAAGAUCUACCAAAUGUACCCCUAAAUGUCACGCGAGUAAGCUAUGAUAUGGAAACGCUGCAAAAUACAGCAAUUGAAAGAGAGUUGAGUGAAAUACUACUAAAGCUUAGGGAUGAAAGCAAAAACCUAGAGGUUGGACUUACUUAUCCAUACCAAUACCAGCGUUUCCUAGACGCAUUGGCUAAAGAUUAUGUAUAUGUUACGAGUGAAUUAACACAGCUGCACUUACUAAAAACACUAACUUACGAUUCUAGUGUAUACCGUCUCUUUGCUUCCAAUAGUUACAACCAUUUUAAUGGGAAGACAACUGAAAUUGCAAAGUUCAACUUAUGCAGUGCUAUUGUCUAUGCAAAUGUAGCCAAUAUCAUUUCAGAUCGUGUUGAUAAAGUCUACAAAUCGAUCAACAAAACCAAGUCUAGAGUGCAAAUUAAUUUGAUUAAUUUACCGACACUCAAAAAGGAUGGACUAAUUUCUAAAUACAUCGAUUCUGCUGGUAUCUACUCCAUUUCAACAAUCGGGUUUGGAAUAUUAUUUUACCUGUCCUUUUGA